AUGACAAUAGCACUUAUGAAUGCCGCAUUGGAAUCCUUUCAGCGAUAUGAAUUCAGAUUUUGGUACGCGAUCAUCAGGACAUGUUCUAACGAAAGCAUCAUCAGUGACAUGAAUUUUCCGGCUGUCUCUCUUCCGUCUUAUCCAAAUUUGGAGUUGUUUGGUCACCAAAUUGCGCACCAAAAGCAGUUACUCGCGUCGCCAACACCGGACAUCGACACCGUCGCUACUCAAUCUGCUCCACCACUUUCACCGAUUCAUAAACCCUCACCUAGCUCUCAGCAAUUGCCUCGCUAUCAGGAGAAAAGCUCGCCGCCGUCAGAUGCUGCUCCCGAUCCUAUUAUCGGUCAUGUUCUCGCGUCCAAGAAAUUUUCAUGUUCGAGCCCCGAGUGCGCCGGGUCAACAUUUAAUCGCCAAGCUGAUUUUCGCCGUCACUACAACGAGAAGCAUGUUUCACUGAAAAUCGAGCAUUUCUGUCCCUUUGCAGGAUGCCAACGUUCGGCAAAGCCGUCUGGAGGGAAGAGCAAGAGACGCAGCUUUGGGGGAAGGAAGGAUAAAAUGAAGGAACACAUUCGCAACCAGCACAAGAAGGUGGGUAGAAAACGUAAAAUGACCAUGCCUGACGAGGAUGAAGAGGAUGAGGAGGAAGAUGACGACGACGAUGAAAGCCUUUCGGACGACCAAGUACAGCGCAAGACUCGCCGUCGACGACAUUGA